GCUGGCGGCGCUUCUAACCUCCAACCGGUAGGGGGCGCUAUGAUCGCUGCGUGACCUAAGAGAUGGUAGGAAGUACUCCACGCAAGCGCACUCUAGCCAUUUCGCUGUCCCCACGUGGGAACCUUUCCGUCAACUUUUCCCAGAAAAAUGCCUAAAUUGAAGGCAGGCCGUGGGGCCGGAGGUCAGGAAAAACAUGCCCCUCUGGCCGAGCAGAUCCUGGCUGGGGACGCGGUGCGAUCAGGGGCCCGGGAAAAGCGGCGGGGUCGUGGAAACAGAGAGGAGGAGGAAGAGUAUGUGGGGCCCCGGCUGAGCCGACGGAUUUUGCAGCAAGCACGCCAACAACAGGAGGAGCUCGAGGCAGAGCAUGGCACUGGGGACAGGACCGCGGCACCACGGGAACGCACCACGCGGCUGGGUCCUGGAGUGCCACAGGAUGGAUCAGAUGAUGAGGAUGAGGAGUGGCCCACCCUGGAGAAGGCUGCCACGAUGACAGGAGUGGGCCACCAUGCAGAGGUGGUCGUAGACCCUGAGGAUGAGCAUGCCAUUGAGAUGUUCAUGAACAAGAAUCCUCCUGCCAGGCGCACCCUGGCUGACAUCAUCAUGGAGAAGCUAACUGAGAAGCAGACAGAGGUUGAGAUGGUCAUGUCAGAGGUGUCAGGCUUCCCUAUGCCUCAGCUGGACCCCCGGGUCCUGGAGGUCUACAGGGGUGUUCGGGAGGUGUUAUCUAAGUACCGCAGUGGGAAAUUGCCCAAGGCAUUUAAGAUCAUCCCUGCACUCUCCAAUUGGGAGCAGAUCCUCUAUGUCACAGAGCCUGAGGCCUGGACUGCAGCUGCCAUGUACCAAGCCACCAGGAUUUUUGCCUCUAACCUGAAGGAACGCAUGGCCCAGCGCUUCUACAACCUUGUUCUGCUGCCCCGGGUACGAGAUGACAUCGCUGAAUACAAACGACUCAACUUCCAUCUCUACAUGGCACUGAAGAAGGCCCUGUUCAAACCUGGGGCCUGGUUCAAAGGGAUCCUGAUCCCACUAUGCGAAUCAGGCACUUGUACCCUCCGGGAAGCCAUCAUUGUAGGUAGCAUCAUCACCAAGUGCUCCAUCCCCGUGUUGCAUUCCAGUGCUGCCAUGCUGAAAAUUGCUGAGAUGGAAUACAGCGGUGCCAACAGCAUCUUCCUGCGACUGCUGCUGGAUAAGAAGUAUGCACUGCCCUACCGAGUGCUGGAUGCCAUGGUCUUCCACUUCCUGGGGUUCCGGACAGAGACUCGUGAGCUGCCUGUGCUCUGGCACCAGUGCCUCCUGACUUUGGUCCAGCGCUACAAGGCAGACUUGGCCACAGAUCAGAAAGAGGCCCUCCUGGAACUGCUUCGGCUACAGCCCCAUCCACAACUGUCUCCCGAAACCAGGCGUGAGCUUCAGAGUGCAGUGCCUCGCGAUGUGGAAGAUGUUCCCAUCACUAUGGAGUAAGAAACAGUCACCUGUCCUAAUCCAAGGGGCAUGGGAAGAUGCCAGGCCCCCUGUUGGUGACUAAAGAUGACACUGAGCCUUAAUGCAAGAAGACCCAGGUCAGGACAGUGAGGGCGUCACAGGGGCAUCUGUGGCUCCCUGCAUAAGAUGAGGACUCCAUUCUAGGCCUGCUUUCUGCUCAGUUCUGAGAGCUGACUUGAGAGUGGAAAUCCCAGCAUUCCCUCUCCUCAGCUGGGAUUCAUUUUAAGUACUUUCUGGCUGUUGCCAAAUCACUGGGAUUCGGAAAAAGCAAAAACAGGUAUUUAUUGAA